GCCACCGCCGCCACCGGGGGCCCGGCCUGGGCGCGAGAUGGGGCGGCGGGAACGCGGCGCGGCCGCCGUGUAGGAGCGGGCGGCGGCGGCGGGGCCGUGGCGGGGCGCGGGGCCCCGCGGCCGGCGGCGCCGGAGGCGGAGCAUGUCGUGGUUCAGCGGCAUCCUGGUGCCCAAGGUGGACGAGCGGAAGACGGCAUGGGGGGAGCGCAACGGCAAGAAGGGCCCGCGGCCCCGGGGCGGCCUCUGCGGCCCCCGCUACAUGAGCUGCCUGCAGGACCCUGAGAUGGAGCGGGGCGCGGGACCCCCCCGGGGGCUGCGCUGCACUUGGCAGGAGGAUCACUACGGCAAGAAGGGGCCCUCGGGCGAGCUGGGACUCAAAUCCGUGGAUGCGGGCUUGGAGGACGGCGAGGCCAAGGCGCCCAAGGCGGCGGCGGGACACGGCGGGCGGCCGUCGGCGGGCGAGUGCUGGCGGCGCCUGCUCCAGGUUUUCCGCUCCAAACGCUUCCAGUCGGCCAAACUGGAGCGGCUUUACCAGCGCUACUUCUUCCAGAUGAACCAGAGCAGCCUGACGGUGCUGAUGGGAGUGCUGGUGCUGGUUUGCGGGGUGAUGCUGCUCUUCCUCUGCCUGCCCGGUGCCCCCCACGUGCCGGCGGCCGCCGCGCUGGCCGGGGCCACGGCGCUGUUCCUGCUCCUCAUGGUGCUGUGCAGCCGCAGCGCUUUCCCCCAGGACUACAUGUGGGUGGUGAGCUACGUGGUGCUGGGGCUGCUGGCCGGGGUGCAGGCGCUGGGCACGGUGGCCGUGGCUCCCCGAAGCGCUGCCGAGGGGGUUUGGUGGAGCGUUUUCUUCAUCUACAUCACCUACACGCUGCUGCCCGUGCGGAUGAGGGCGGCGGUGCUGGCCGGGGUCCUGCUGUCCGCCCUGCACCUCGCCAUCGCCUGGCACCGCAAUGCCAGCGACCCUUUCCUCUGGAAACAGCUCAGUGCCAAUGCCCUGAUCUUCCUGUGCACCAACGUGGUGGGGGUCUGCACCCACUACCCGGCCGAGGUGUCGCAGCGCCAGGCCUUCCAGGAGACCCGAGGCUACAUCCAGGCACGGCUGCACCUCCAGAGGGAGAACCGGCAGCAGGAGCGGCUGCUGCUGUCGGUGCUGCCGCAGCACGUGGCCAUGGAGAUGAAGGAGGACAUCAACACCAAGAAGGAGGACAUGAUGUUCCACAAGAUCUACAUCCAGAAGCACGACAACGUCAGCAUCCUCUUCGCGGACAUUGAGGGUUUCACCAGCCUGGCCUCGCAGUGCACGGCGCAGGAGCUGGUGAUGACGCUCAACGAGCUCUUUGCCCGCUUUGACAAGCUGGCUGCGGAGAACCACUGCCUGCGCAUCAAGAUCCUGGGGGACUGCUACUACUGCGUGUCGGGGCUGCCCGAGGCGCGCGGGGACCACGCUCACUGCUGCGUGGAGAUGGGCGUGGACAUGAUCGAGGCCAUCUCGCUGGUGCGAGAGGUGACGGGGGUGAACGUGAACAUGCGCGUGGGCAUCCACAGCGGGCGGGUUCACUGCGGCGUGCUGGGGCUGCGCAAGUGGCAGUUCGACGUCUGGUCCAACGAUGUCACCCUGGCCAACCACAUGGAAGCGGGCGGCAAAGCCGGGCGGAUCCACAUCACCUGGGCCACGCUGCAGUACCUGAACGGGGACUAUGAGGUGGAGCCGGGCCACGGGGGCGAGCGCAACGCUUACCUCAAGGAGCACAACAUCGAGACCUUCCUCAUCGUGGGCUGCAGCCAGAAACGCAAGGAGGAGAAAGCCAUCCUGGCCAAGCUGCAGCGCACUCGCGCCAACUCCACCGAGGGGCUGGUGCCACGCUGGGUGCCCGAGCGCUCCUUCUCCCGCACCAAGGACUCCAAGGCCUUCCGGCAGAUGGGCAUCGAUGACUCCAGCAAGGACAACCGUGGUGCCCAGGAGGCGCUGAACCCUGAGGAUGAGGUGGACGAGUUCCUGAGCCGGGCCAUCGACGCCCGCAGCAUCGACCAGCUCCGCAAGGACCACGUCAAGAAGUUCCUGCUCACCUUCCAGACCCCCGAGCUGGAGAAGAAGGUUGGGGGGCCCUCUCUGUUCCCUUUGUUCUGGACCCACUGUUCUGUCUGUGUCUUGAAGUCCCCUCUGCCCUGAUCCCAUCAGCAUCUUUGUCCUCCCUUCUCUCCUCCAUCCCUUGGGGUCUUCUCUGUGCUGGUUUCGUGGUUCCUCCUCCACCUUCUCAGCCUCAUUCCCUCCAUUCCAUCCCCUGGGCCGUGCCUGACAGGCCCCUUGGUGCCCCCCCAGCUCUUCCCCACCGCCCUGCAGCAGCUCUCCCGUGGCAUCGUCCAGUCCCGUGCCCGCAGCACCGGCAUCGCCGUCUUCACCAUCCUCCUCGUCUUCAUCGCUGCCUUCGUCAACAUGUUCUCCUGCAGCCGCGUGGCCCUGCGGGACUGUGCUGCCCGUGAGCUCAACGUCACCCCCGGCUCCGUGGGGCCGUGCCAGCUCCGUGCCCUCAACUUCUCCCUGGGCACUGCCAUGGGCUCCUGCCACGGGGAUGGGCUGGCCUGUGACUUCCCCGAGUACUUCAGCUACAGCGUGGUGCUCAGCCUGCUGGCCUGCUCCGUCUUCCUGCACAUCAGCAGCAUCGGGAAGCUGCUGCUCAUGGUGGCCAUCGAGGCCACGUUCCUGCUGCUGGUGGAGGGGCCUCACGCAGCUCUCUUUGACAAUGCCGACCUGCUGGUCCUGGCCAACGCCCUGCCGCCCUUCAACAUGACCCAGGGAGAGUGCCCGGCAGAGGGGAAGGUGGCCCUGCGCUACGUGACCCCCGUGGUCCUGGCCGUGUUUGCCCUCGCGCUGUACCUGCACGCGCAGCAGGUCGAGUCCACCGCCCGCCUCGACUUCCUCUGGAAGCUCCAGGCAACGGGUGAGAAGGAGGAGAUGGAGGAGCUCCAGGCCUACAACCGGCGGCUGCUGCACAACAUCCUGCCCAAGGACGUGGCCGCGCACUUUCUGGCCCGGGAGCGGCGCAACGACGAGCUCUACUACCAGUCCUGCGAGUGCGUGGCCGUCAUGUUCGCCUCCAUCAGCAACUUCUCCGAGUUCUACGUGGAGCUGGAGGCCAACAACGAGGGGGUGGAGUGUCUGCGGCUGCUCAACGAGAUCAUCGCCGACUUCGAUGAGAUCAUCAGCGAGCAGAAGUACCGGCAGCUGGAGAAGAUCAAGACCAUUGGCAGCACCUACAUGGCGGCCUCGGGGCUCAACGCGGCCACGUACGACCGCGAGGGCCGGAGCCACAUCGCGGCGCUGGCCGACUACGCCAUGCACCUCAUGGAGCAGAUGAAGUACAUCAACGAGCACUCCUUCAACAACUUCCAGAUGAAGAUUGGCCUGAACAUGGGCCCAGUGGUCGCAGGGGUCAUCGGGGCUCGCAAACCCCAAUAUGACAUUUGGGGCAACACCGUCAACGUCUCGAGCCGCAUGGACAGCACCGGGGUCCCCGACCGUAUCCAGGUGACAACAGACCUGUACCAGGUGCUGGCGGCCAAGGGCUACGUGUUGGAGUGCCGGGGGCUGGUCAAGGUCAAGGGCAAGGGGGAGAUGACCACCUACUUCCUCAAUGCGGGCCCUGGGGGCAGUUAGGGGGGGGUCCCCGUGGUGUCCCCUCAUGCUGGGGACUCCCCCAGGCAAAAAAAAAACAAAAAAAGGAAAAAAAAUCCCCAAAUAUAUUAAAAAAAAAAAAAAGGGAGAAAUGGACACAAGGAGGUGGUUGGGGGGUGUGGGGAGGUAACCCUGUGCCCUCCCUCCGCGGGUGUUUUAGGGGGUGUUUCCCAGCCCUGCACCGGGGUGUUUUUUGUGGGUGGGGGUCAUGGUAACCCCCCCAAUCUCUUUGCUGAACCCCCCCAUGUGCCAAAGAGGGGAGAUGGGCCCCCCUCCCCCCCCAGAAAAGGGACUGCAGGGGGUUUUGGGGGUCCCCAGCCCCCUCCAUGUGCCAAAUUGAAGUGCCGCCUGCGGGGGUGGGGAGGCGCAGGCCCAGCAUCUCCGCAGCCCCCUCACCCCCCGGGGGUCCCAGCUCCUUCUGGGGGGCUGUGGCGGGGAGGGGAGGGGGGAAAGACCCUCCCCCUUUUAAAUGCAAAAAAAAAAAAACCCUAAUGAAGUGACUUUUUUUUUUUUCU